AUGAAAGAUCGGCGAUCAGGCUCGACACCCUCUGAGGAAUCAGCUUUGGAUCUCGAAAAGAAAUGUGGUUCUCAUUCCAAUCUACCUUCACUUUGUCCACCAACGCUUCAACCCUAUGCAUCAGCCGGACAACACUGUGAGAGCAGUGCCGCUUACUUCUCAUGGCCUAGCAGAUUAAAUGAUGCAGCCGAAGAGAGAGCGAAUUACUUUGCGAACCUACAAAAAGGGGUCUUACCUGAAACUCUUGGACGAUUGCCAGAAGGGCAACGUGCAAACACCUUGCUGGAGCUUAUGACGAUCAGGGCAUUUCACAGCAAGAUCCUUCGUUGUUAUAGCCUCGGCACAGCUAUUGGCUUUCGAAUUCGGCGUGGUGUUUUGACUGACAUCCCUGCAAUACUGGUUUUUGUAUCCCGGAAGGUUCAUAAGCAGUGGUUAACCCCUAUCCAGUGUCUACCUACUGCCUUAGAGGGACCAGGAGGUGUGUGGUGUGAUGUAGAUGUUGUGGAGUUUUCUUAUUUUGGUGCUCCAGAGCCCGCACCCAAGGAACAAUUAUAUACGGAAAUAGUAGAUGACUUACGAGGAAGUGAUCCCUGUAUCGGUUCAGGUUCUCAGGUUGCAAGCCAAGAGACUUACGGAACCUUGGGUGCUAUAGUUAGAAGCCAGACAGGCAAUCGGCAAAUUGGUUUUCUCACCAACCGCCACGUCGCUGUGGAUUUAGAUUAUCCAAAUCAGAAGAUGUUUCAUCCUUUACCUCCUACGCUUGGACCUGGAGUAUAUCUUGGUGCAGUUGAGAGAGCCACUUCAUUCAUCAGAGAUGACCUGUGGUAUGGCAUCUUUGCGGGCAUAAAUCCAGAGACAUUUGUGAGAGCAGAUGGUGCAUUUAUUCCUUUUGCUGAUGAUUUUGACAUGAAAGCCGUAACUACUUCAGUUAAAGGCAUAGGCGAUAUCGGAGAUGUGAGGAUUAUAGACUUGCAAUCUCCAAUAAGCUCCCUCAUCGGAAAGCAAGUGACAAAGGUUGGAAGAAGUUCUGGUUUUACAACAGGAACUGUAUUGGCUUAUGCCCUUGAGUACAAUGACGAGAAGGGGAUAUGCUUCUUGACUGAUUUUCUCGUAGUUGGCGAGAAUCAGCAGACCUUUGACCUUGAAGGUGACAGUGGCAGUCUUAUCAUUAUGAAAGGGGAAAAUGGAGAAAAGCCUCGUCCUAUAGGUAUCAUCUGGGGUGGAACUGCCAAUAGGGGCAGGCUAAAACUAAAGAUUGGCCAACCUCCUGAGAACUGGACUAGUGGUGUUGAUCUUGGACGGCUUCUCAAUUUUCUUGAGCUUGAUCUCAUUACCAGCAAUGAAGCGCUGAAAGUUGCAGUCCAGGAACAAAUAGCUGCUGUUUCUGCAACAGUGGUUGGUUCAACCGUGGGAGAUUUCUCGCCUCCUGAUGUAAUGCUCCCAAAGGACAAAUCGCAGCCUCUGGGCCUUCACAUCCAGCAAACACACUUGGAAGACGGUCCAUGUUGCCCUGACAUGAACUCGUCGCCGGUGGAAGAAGAAGCCGCGUUAUUUCUGCCUGAAGAUGGCUCGAAUAAUGUAGUCGGUCCAAGUGUAGAACAUCAGUUCAUUUUCAACUUCAACGCCCGCCCCUCGCCACCUGACCAAGAUGGUAAUCAUCAACAACUAGAGAGGCCGGUAUCUGAGAACCUAUCAGCAUUGAGGAACAGUUCAGACGAGGACUUGAGAUUUUCUUUACAAUUGGGUGAUAAUGAACCAAAGAGAAGAAGGUCCGAGCCUUCCCCAGUUGCAGAGAAACCAAAAUGA